AUGGUGGUUAUCUUUAGCGUCACGAGCAAACCAGAGAUGAGAAGAGCCAGAGAAGAAUUCAGGACUGGGAAGGAAAGGAAUAAAGCAGACAGGUAUGCGUUGGAUUGCCAGGAGAAGGCAUACUGGCUGGUCCACCGAUGCCCUCCGGGAAUGAACAAUGUGCUGGACUAUGGCCUGGACCGAGUGACGAAUCCGAAUGAAGUUCAGGUAAACCAGAAACAAACAAUCACUGCUGUCAGAAAAGAGAUCAUGUAUUACCAACAGGCCUUAAUGAGGUCCACGGUGAAGUCUUCGGUGUCCCUUGGAGGGAUCGUCAAAUACAGCGAGCAAUUUCUGUCCAAUGAUGCCAUCAUGUCAGGCUGCCUCCCUAGCAAUCCUUGGAUAACAGAUGACACCCAGUUCUGGGACUUGAAUGCCAAAUUGGUGGAAAUCCCAACCAAGAUGCGGGUGGAGCGAUGGGCUUUCAACUUCAGUGAACUGAUCCGAGACCCCAAGGGCCGACAGAGCUUCCAGUACUUUCUCAAGAAAGAAUUCAGUGGGGAGAAUCUGGGAUUCUGGGAAGCCUGUGAAGAUCUGAAGUACGGAGAUCAGUCCAAGGUCAAGGAGAAAGCGGAGGAGAUUUACAAGCUAUUCUUGGCCCCCGGGGCGAGGCGGUGGAUAAACAUAGAUGGCAAAACCAUGGACAUCACGGUCAAGGGGCUGAGGCACCCUCACCGCUACGUGCUGGACGCCGCGCAAACCCACAUCUACAUGCUCAUGAAGAAGGAUUCUUAUGCUCGCUAUUUAAAAUCUCCAAUCUAUAAGGAAAUGCUGGCCAAAGCCAUUGAACCUCAGGAAACCACCAAGAGAAGCUCCGGUCUCCCAUUUAUGCGACGCCACCUGCGUUCCAGCCCGAGCCCCGUCAUCCUGAGGCAGCUGGAAGAAGAAGCCAAGGCUCGAGAAGCAGCCAACACGGUGGACAUCACCCAGCCGGGCCAGCACACCGCUCCCAGCCCCCACCUGGCCGUGUACACAGGGACCUGCGUGCCCCCGUCUCCUUCGGGUCCCUUCUCCCCCUCCUGCCGCUCCCCCAGGAUGCCUUUCCCCUCGCCGGGCCGCUUCAUCCGGAGGCCCAGCAGCACCAUCUGCCCCACGCCUAUGAGGGUGGCCUCGGAGAGCUCCGAGCAGACGGGGGCCGCUGGUGCCUCCGGGGCCUGCCCGGGGCCCUCCGACACUGCCGGGGGUGAGGCCUCGGCCGAACACCCCUGGGUCCGGCCCAAGGCCCGCGUGGCUCUGUCCUUCAGCAGGUUUCUGAGACGGGGCUGUUCCGCUUCCCCGGUCUUUGCCAGGCUCUCGCCCAAGUGCCCGCCCGUGUCCCACGGGAAGGUGCAGCCCCUGGGGGACGUGGGCCAGCAGGUGUCACGGCUGAAAUCCAGGAGAGUAGCAAACUUUUUCCAGAUCAAAAUGGACGUGCCUACGCAGAGUGGGACCUGCCUGAUGGACUCGGAGGACACCGGGACAGGAGACUCGGGUGACCGGGCCGAGGAGAAGGAGGUCAUCUGUCCCUGGGAGAGCGUGGCCGAGGGGAAAGCUAGCUGAGCCGGGGGCGCUGGACCAAGAAGACGCUCCCAGCAGACCCUGCCAGAUGGGGCCACGGGCUCUCGAACCCAAGUGCAUUUCGAUCACAUUUGGGGCCUGGAGAGAGAAGACGGGAUGGAUUGUGGGGAAGAGUGCACUGGCUGGGGUCCCGAUGGCCGAUUCCCACCCUCCCUCCUGACCUUCCUUUCCUUGGGCAGAAGAAAGGCAUGUGGACCAGAGGACUUUACUUGCUGCCUUAAAACCAAUAAGAGGUUAACUUGUGAGAGUCUCUUGGCCUGGGAUGUUAGUGUGCGUCUGGUUUUAUUAGUUAGCUAUGAGCUACUAUUUAUCA